AUGCUGGUGGUGAAGAGAAGAGGACGACGGAGAUGCUGGGGGUGGCAUAGCUCUCUCUGUCGGCGACUGCUGCUAGUGCCUGAUGGUGAAGAGGAGGAAGUCGGAGAUGCCUGGGGCUGGGGAGGCGAGAUCGAUUUUGGCUUCAGGGACUCAUGCUGGCUGGUGGUGGUGAAGAGAAGAGGAAGACGGAGACGCGAGCAAGAUGCCUAG